CGAAACUCAGAGCACCUCUCUCUCUCUCUCUCUCUCUCUCUCUCUCUCUCUCUCUCUCUCCCUCUGUCAGUGUGUGAGUUCAGGAAAAUGGCAGAGGCGAGUAUUUCAUUAGAUCAGCUUUCGGUGGAUCAGUUCAGCUGUCCAGUGUGUCUGGAUCUACUGAAGGAUCCGGUGACGAUCCCCUGUGGUCACAGUUUCUGUAAGGUGUGUAUUAAUGACUGCUGGGAUCAGGAAGAUGAGAGCGGAGUGUAUCGCUGUCCUCAGUGCAGAGACACUUUCACUCCGAGGCCUGUUCUACAGAGAAACAACAUGCUGGCUGAAGUGGUGGAGAAACUGAAGAAGACUGAAGUCCAAGCUGCUUCUCCUGCUCACUGUUACGCUGGACCUGGAGAUGUGGAGUGUGAUUUCUGCACCGGGAGAAAACACAAAGCCGUCAAGUCCUGUCUGAUGUGUCUGGCCUCCUUUUGUGAAACUCAUCUGAAACCUCAUCUUGAAAUUCCUGGUUUGAAAAAGCACAAGUUGGUCGAAGCCUCUGAAAAACUAGAAGAGAAGAUCUGCUCUGAGCAUGAUAAAGUGCUGGAGAUCUACUGUCGUACUGACCAAAGCUUCAUCUGUUAUCUGUGUACGAUGCAUAAACACAGAGGACACAAUACUGUAGGAGCUAAAGCAGAGAGAACUGAAAAACAGAGAGAGUUAAAGGAGGAGCAGAUGAAAUCCCAGCAGAGAAUCCAGGAGAAGCAGAAGAAGGUGCAGGAGCUGAAACAGGCUGUGAACACUAUAAAGCUCAGUGCACAGACAGCAGUGGAGGACAGUGAGAGGAUCUUUACUGAGAUGAUCAGCUCCAUGGAGAAAAGGCGCUCGGAGGUGACGGAGCUGAUCAGAGCUCAGGAGAAGGCUGAACUGAGUCGAGCUGAACGACUCCUGGAGCAACUGGAGCAGGAGAUCGCUGAUCUUCAGAGGAGAGUCACUGAACUGGAGCAGCUUUCACACACAGACGAUCACAUACAUUUCCUCCAGAGUUUCCAGUCUCUCCGUGUCUCUUCUGGACGUGAGGUCUCACCCAGCAUCACUGUCAAUCAACAUCUCUCAUUUGAUGGAGUGAGGAAAUCUCUCUAUGAUCUGAAAAAGAGACUCGAGGAAUUCUGCCAGGAGGAAUUCAUCAAAAUCCCUGAACAUGCUGCAGCAGUUCAGAUGAUUUUACCCUCAGAACCAAAGAUCAGAGAAGAUUUUCUGCACUAUUUCUGUGAUCUGACUCUGGAUCCCAACACAGUAAAUUAUAACCUCAUUCUGUCUGAGAAGAACAGAGCGGUGACGUGCAGUGAGAGAAGGCAGCCGUAUUCUGAUCAUCCAGAGAGAUUUGAUUCCUUGUGGCAGGUGUUGAGUAAGGAGAGUGUGUGUGGACGCUGUUACUGGGAGGUGGAGUGGAGCAGUGAGAGAAGUGUGUUCAUAUCUGUCUCAUAUAAAGACAUCAGCAGGAAAGGGCAGGGUAAGGAGCGUUGGUUUGGAGGCAACAAUCAGUCCUGGAGUCUCCGGUGUUUUUCUUCUUCUCUCUUUUUCUGGCACAACAACAUUAAAACUGAUCUCAGAGUUCCAUCAUCCUCCAGAAUAGGAGUGUAUGUGGAUCACAGUGCAGGAACUCUGUCCUUCUACAGCGUCUCUGACACGAUGAAGCUCCUCCACAGAGUCCACACCACAUUCACUCAGCCUCUAUACACUGGGUUCUGGUUGCGCUGUUACGGAUCAACUGUGAGAUUAUGUGAUUCAAAAGAAGAAAUGGUUAACAGAGGAGUGUUUAUAAGCUCUCUGUCUUUGUGCUCCUCCUCCAAAACCACCUCCUCAUACACACAGAGAACCAGGAAGUUCAUUUCAAAGGAAACGAAACUCAGAGUUCAGUGCAGUCUCACUCUCUCUCUCUCUCUCUCCCUCUCUCUCUCUCUCUCUCUCUCUCUCUCUCUCUCUCUCUCUCUCUGUGAGUUCAGGAAAAUGGCCGAGGCCAGUAUUUCAGUAGAUCAGGAUCAGUUCAGCUGUCCAGUUUGUCUGGAUCUACUGAAGGAUCCGGUGACGAUCCACUGUGGUCACAGUUUCUGUAAGGUGUGUAUUAAUGACUGCUGGGAUCGGGAAGAUAAGAACGGAGUGUAUCGCUGUCCUCAGUGCAGAGACACUUUCACUCCAAGGCCUGUUCUACGCAGAAACAACAUGCUGGCUGAAGUGGUGGAGAAACUGAAGAAGACUGAAGUCCAAGCUGCUUCUCCUGCUCACUGUUACGCUGGACCUGGAGAUGUGGAGUGUGAUUUCUGCACCGGGAGAAAACACAAAGCCGUCAAGUCCUGUCUGAUGUGUCUGGCCUCCUUUUGUGAAACUCAUCUGAAACCUCACUAUGAAGUUCCUGGUUUGAAAAAGCACAAGUUAGUCGAAGCUUCUGGAAAUCUACAAGAGAAGAUCUGCUCUGAGCAUGAUAAAGUGCUGGAGGUCUACUGUCGUACUGACCAAAGCUUCAUCUGUUAUCUGUGUAUGACGGAUGAACACAAAAGCCACGACACCGUCUCAGUUAAAGCGUACAGAACUGAAAAACAGAGUGAGUUAAAGGAGGAGCAGAUGAAAUCCCAGCAGAGAAUCCAGGAGAAGCAGAAGAAGGUGCAGGAGCUGAAACAGACUGUGAACACUAUAAAGCUCAGUGCACAGACAGCAGUGGAGGACAGUGAGAGGAUCUUUACUGAGAUGAUCAGCUCCAUGGAGAAAAGGCGCUCGGAGGUGACGGAGCUGAUCAGAGCUCAGGAGAAGGCUGAACUGAGUCGAGCUGAACGACUCCUGGAGCAACUGGAGCAGGAGAUCGCUGAUCUUCAGAGGAGAGUCACUGAGCUGGAGCAGCUUUCACACACACACGAUCACCUCCACUUCCUCCAGGAAAUAAAGGUUUUAGUCUCCGGCCAUCGCUCGCCUGAAAUUAUUAGACCAGGUUUGCAGUCUGAUCUCCGUGAGGACUCACGCAGCAUAACUGUCAAUCAACAUCUCUCAUUUGAUGGAGUGAGGAAAUCUCUCUCUGCUCUGAAAAAGAGACUCGAGGAAUUCUGCCAGGAGGAAUUCAUCAGAAUCCCUGAACAUGCUGCAGCAGUUCAGAUCAUUUUACCCCCAGAACCAAAGAGCAGACAAGAUUUUCUGCAGUAUUUCUGUGAUCUGACUCUGGAUCCCAACACAGUAAAUUAUUACCUCAUUCUGUCUGAGAGGAACAGAGCGGUGACGUACACUGAGAGACAGCAGCAGUACUCUGAUCAUCCAGAGAGAUUUGACACCUACAGGCAGGUGUUGAGUAAGGAGAGUGUGUGUGGAUGCUGUUACUGGGAGGUGGAGUGGAGCGGUGCUGUGUACAUAUCAGUGUCAUAUAAAGACAUCAGCAGGAAAGGACGGGGUAAUGAGUGUUGGUUUGGACGCAACGAUCAGUCCUGGAGUCUGUGGUGUUCUUCUUCUUCUUCUCUGUGUUUCUAUCACAACAACAUUAAGACCGAUCUCGGAGUUCCACCACCCUCCAGAUUAGGAGUGUAUGUGGAUCACAGUGCAGGAACUCUGUCCUUCUACAGCGUCUCUGACACGAUGAAGCUCCUCCACAGAGUCCACACCACAUUCACUCAGCCUCUAUACACUGGGUUCUGGCUCGGCUCUUUGGGAUCAACUGUGAGAUUACGUGAUCCAGAAUAAAAUAUCAGUAAUGUGAUUUUAUUGAAUUAAAAUGAGCAACUUUACUUUUUUAUAUCAAGCUUAAUUCCAAAGUAAUAUGAGGCAUUUAUUUGUGAUUUCCCAAUUUUCCUUUAUAACGUUAGAUCCUUCUUUUAGAAGAUUUUAAUGUUAUACAGUAGUGCUUGAAAGUUUGUGAACCCUUUAGAAUUUUCCAUAUAUCUGCAUAAGACCUAAAACAUCAUCAGAUUUACACAAGUCCUAAAAGUAGAAACUAUUACACUUGGUCAUUUAUUUAUUGAGGGAAAUGAUCCAAUAUUACAUAUCUGUGAGUGGCAAAAGUAUGUGCACCUUUGCUGUCAGUAUCUGGUGUGACCCCCUUGUGCAGUAAUAACUGCAGAUAAACAUUUGGGGUAACUGUUUAGGGUCGUUGUGUUGCUGCAUGACCCACUUUCUCUUGAGAUUCAGUUCAUGGACAGAUGUCCUGACAUUUUCCUUUAGAAUUCGCUGGAAUAAUUCAGAAUUCACUGUUCCAUCAAUGAUGGCAAACCGUCCCGGCCCAGAUGCAGCAAAACAGCCCCAAACCACGAUACUACCACCACCAUGUUUCACAGAUGUGUUAAGGGUCUUAUGCUGGAAUGUAGUGUUUUCCUUUCUCCAAACAUAACAUUUUUCAUUUAACCCAAAUAUUAUAUUUUGGUCUCAUCCAUCCACAAAACAUUUUUUUCAGUAGCCUUCUGGCUUCUCCAUGUGAUCUUUAGCAAACUGCAGAGGGGCAGCAAUGUUCUUUCUCCUUGCAACCCCGCCAUGUACACCAUUGCUGUUCAGUGUUCUCCUGAGGGUAGGCUCAUGAACAUUAACAUUCGCCAACGUGAGGUCCCUCACUCACACCUGAUCAUCAUCCCAUUGAUUGAAAACACCUAAAUAUAAUUUCACCUUCAAAUUAACUGCUAAUCCUAGAGGUUCACAUACUUUUGCCACUCACAGAUAUGUAAUAUCGGAUCAUUAUAUAAUAUUUUUGUCUUAUUUGUUUAAUUGGGUUCUCUUUAUCUACUUUUUGGACAAAAUCUGACGAUGUUUUCGGUCAUAUUCUGCUUCAAUACUGUGUUAAAAUUCAUGUUGGUCUACUCAUUAAUCUUACAUAUGAAUCAUCAUGACUGUACUUAUACUGUAUAUAUUCAGUUGGAUGGAUUCUUGGAUAACAAAAUAAAAAAUAUAUUUAAA